CUGUCAAUUUGAAUUUGACUUUCUAUGAACUCACAUUGACGUUUAAAGAAUCGACUUCAAAAUGGUAAAUUUCCUAUCGAAGAUAUCUUUUUUGAGUUAUUUCAGUUUCUUUAUUUUGUUAUCAUGGGGAAAACUGAUUUUGAGAAAUCUUAAAAGCUACAAGAACCCCUCCUACACGACUUAUGAACCUUGGAAUCUUCAGGGUCAGUUGAAUUUUGUGUUCAAAACAAGCCAAACGAACGGUUUUCUCGCCUAUCAAGACGAUGGACAACAUGAUUUUAUCGAAAUUUUCCUCUACAAUGGAGAUAUUCGUUUUAAGUCGUUUAUAGGAGACUGUAUGCAAGAAGUUUAUCUCAAAGGAGACUUCAGCAACCUACAUUGGCAUCGUGUUCGAGUCAUAAUUGAGCAAAAUAACUUUAGUAUCUCAGUUGAUGAUACAACUAGAAUGUUACCUUGUAAGCCACAAGUACAUAUGCAGAACAGGAGAGCUGCUGGAAAGUAUUUAUACGUAGCAGGUUUCUCUCUAACGACUGGAUUGGAUUUAAACCUCCUUGCAUUCCCUGGGACAUUCCACGAAGCAGAAGCCAAAAGAUUUAAUGGUUGUCUUGGAGACCUGUGGUUUACUGACAGAAAAGGAAGACUAAGGCUGGCUGACGUCGUCACUACCAAGUCAACAGAGAUUGGCUGCAACAGCUCGUGUUCAUUGCCACAACUUAAUAAAUGCAAAAACAAAGGAAAGUGCAUUGAUGAGAUAGGACGAGUGGAGUGUGAUUGUCUUGGUAGCGGAUACGAAGGAUUAAUGUGUUCCAAAUCUUCUGCCUCGAUGUGGUUUAAUGCAAGUGGAUACAUAUUAUAUGACGUAGGCGCCUACCAUCCUGACCGAUCGACCUUGGGGAACGACAUAUCGUUUCGGUUUGCGACUACUCAACCUCGAGGAGUAUUCAUGUUCACUGAUGUUGCUGAUGAUCACGUGAUAGUGGAAUUGAUGGAUGGUUUUCUGAGACUGAGUUGGGAUCUCGGUCAAGGUGGACUCGUGUUAAUGAGUCGUGAAGGGUGUCUACACGACGGUGCCUGGCAUAUGGUUACGAUUAAACGAGCAAAAAGACGUAUAAAAAUCGCGGUAGAUGACCAAAGACCUGUCUUCGCAACCAUUCCUGGAAAAUUCUCGUUCCUUGACUUUAAAGGAGGAAAAGCGAGGAUGUAUUUUGGUGGCGGACCGCUGAACAGUGCAUUUAAUCGUUCGCUGUCCAGAACCAACUACACUGGAUUCCUACAACACUUGUAUUUUGAUGAAUUCAAUGUCAUCAAUGAAACCAUGCACAGAAACAUAUUUCAACAGGUUGGUGAAGCUGUCUUAAAUGCUAGCUCAUUAUUCCAUCUCAUCACUACUAACCCUACCCGUAAUGUGGAUUGCUCAAGGAAAACAGGUCAUAGUUCAGAAUACCUUUGURAAGGGAUUGAUGACGAAGACUUGUGUGAUAUAGCUACUUCAGGGACAGGCGCAGAUGGUACAGACUGUGACUCGAGAGAUGGUGAAUGCUCGGAUCCAGACAUCCAAGAAAUAACUGGUGGUGCCUCAGUGGUGCGCAUUCCUCCAGUCAAUCGUUCUUCUUCAGCAUCCAUGACAUCAAGUAUUCAUCCAAGCCCCACCUCAACAACUCUUCCUGGAAUGACAAAAUACAUAGAUAAUCACAAUAAAGAAUCUACACCAAAGAGUUCAAAUGCUACCAACAUAUUUAACGAUAGUACAAAUGCUUUCAUUGUCAAGCCUUCGAGUGGCACAAUUUACAGAUCUGCGAAGCAUUCAGCCAUCGAUAAACGGCCAGGAAAUAUGUCUGACAUUGACGAUCUGACCAGUUUAACCUCGUACGUUGUAUCCGACGAGUCUGGGCUCAAGCAAACUAUAGCACCUUCUUUACCAAGCAGUGUAGAUAUAAACAAUAACAGCAAAUCAUCGUUGAAGAGAGUUCCAAGUAUAGCACCCACAGUGAAUGCCAGUACGCAAAUUUCAUUGAAGUACAGUACAUCCCUAACCAUCAUACCUUACGACACCGUCAACAUAUCUGCAGUGAAGGGUGCUGCUGGAAAAGUUGCGGGAAGCCAGGCAUGGUUUUGUGGGAUCUUAAUAGUGUCUUUUUACUUGUGGAUGUAGGAAAUACAUUUUAUUAUACAAGAACACUAACAUGGUGAAUCCCAUGCUUAUAAACGAAUUAUAUUCUCAUUUAAUAUGGAUAGGUAAUUUGGAUGUAACGACUAAUCAUUUUAUCACAAGAACACCAACAUGGUGAAUCACAUGUUUAAUAACGAAUUAUAUUCUCUUUUAAUACGAGUAAGUUAUUUGUGUACAUCAUACACUUAGGCCCCGUCCACACUAUAUGCCGGAUAAAUUUGAAUCCGAAUUUUUAUUUAUUUGGCUAGGCCUACCGUCCAACACUAAUCCGGGCGAAUCCRGAACAAUUCUUCAUUGAAAACGAAUUUUUUCGAAUAAGGUCUCCAGAGUGGAACAAUUUGAAAACGCCGGCUAGCCGUAUUAGUUUGGCAGAGAACAUUUCGUAUCCGAAUUUCUUCGAAUACGAUGACGUCAUGAUUGUCAUGAGAACAUGGCAGGAAGGCUAAAAACUCACCGCAGGCUCAAUUUCAGCUUCGAUGCACAUGCUCAGAUGUGAAAUGAAGCGUUUUUGCCGUCUCUGAUCAGACUAGUGUGGACGCGAAACAUUUUAUCCGUUUUCAUGUGUGGACGGAAAACUUUUGUUUCCGAGAAGUCGUUUAACGAAAUAAGAACUUUAUAUAGCAAGCUAAAUGCAUGAAAACUGACAAAUGAUUUUACAAAAUAUACCGUCUAGUAUUUCGUUACCAAAAAGCGAAGGAGAGUAGCAACAGCAUUUUUAGCCGCUUUUAUCGUAUUUUUCAAAUUCUUUUUUAUUCGAUUUAAGUCCGUAUUUUGCUUUGAGCUCCAUUCGUACUUAAAUUCCAGCAAAAUCAUGCCGCCAUAUUUUUUAACGUUGUGAUCAUGCAAUUUAUCGUGAACUUAUUUAUUUCACCUUUCUUGUCACGUGCAACUUAGUUCCCGCCCGGGAUACUUUUAGAUUUAGGAAGUGUCAUGUGGUCAUGAUCUUUCAACCAAUGAGAGUAUUCGUAAUAUCGGUAGGUAUGAAGGCAAACCGAUCAACAUCAUUUCAGGGAUAAAACAAUUCGCCAUUGUUGCACAAUUAACAUUACAGUACUCCCCUUAGGAGUUCAAAUUUCUACUUUAAAAUUUUAUUUAAAAUCCUUUUUUACGAUUUAAUGGAUA